GCCGCCAAACUGCUCGAACAGCCUGCGUUGGUGGUAGAGCGUCAAAUCGAGAUGAUGAACGUCUUCCUCGGGUUCGAACAAGCAAAUAAAUAUGUCUUGAUGGAUCCAGCUGGGCAGCAUGUGGGUUAUAUGGCCGAGGAGGACUUGGGUAUGAUGGGGACAUUGCAAAGGCAGGCGUUUAGGACCCAUCGAGCAUUCAAGGCACAUGUUCUGGAUCGUGAGGGCCGGGAGGUGUUAACGAUCCAACGUCCUUUCUCCUACAUCAACUCCAAAAUCAAAGUCUUCACCGACCCUGGUCUCUCCGACUCCACCUUGAUCGGCGAAUCCCAACAACAUUGGCACCUCACCCGCCGAAAAUACAACCUCUUCCACAACCGCUCGGGGACAAUGGAGCAGUUUGCUCUCAUCAACGAGCCUAUGUUGAGUUGGGAUUUUUCGUUGGUGGAUGAAAGCGGAGGGUUGGUGGGAAGUGUGAAUCGGAAUUUUGCGGGCUUUGCGAGGGAGUUGUUCACGGAUACGGGGAAUUAUGUGUUGAGGAUGGAUGCGUCGUCACAUCAGACCACCUCUGGCGGCGCCCUCGUCCCGGUAAAUGAAAACGGUCUUACGUUGGACCAAAGAGCAGUCAUGCUCGCAACAGCCGUAUCAAUCGACUUUGACUACUUCUCGAAAUUGUCAGGACAUGGUGGUGGGAUG